AUGGAUGCACGCUCAUUCUCCCUGUUUCUCCUCACUUCCAUCCAUUUUCUGCCGUGUAUCUCAGGCCUUGACUUCCUCUCGCCAGGCUCCUCUCUCUCCGUAGAGCACAGCUCUGAUGUGCUCUAUUCUCCAGAUGGCACUUUCACAUGCGGCUUCUACCAGGUUUCACCCAAUUCCUCAGUAUUCUCCAUUUGGUUUUCCAACUCCUCUGAAAAAACCGUCGUCUGGAGCGCGAAUCCUCUCCACCCUGUUUACACCUGGGGAUCCAAACUUAUGUUGAAUUCCGAUGGAAGCAUGGUCUUGAGAGAUCACAGUGGGCAGAUCGUAUGGACCAACAAUGUGAGCCCUUCUGCUGCUCACCAAGCUCGUCUCUUGGAGUCCGGGAACCUCGUUGUAAAGGGUAAAGGUGGAAGCAUUUUGUGGGAAAGCUUUGCUUCUCCCACUGAUACCUUGUUACCCCGUCAGAGCAUCAAUGCGACCAUGAAGUUGGUAUCUGCUAAUAGGGCGCUUGUCCCUGGCCGCUACAGCUUCCAUUUCGAUGAUCAGUACCUUGUUUCUCUGUUUGAUGAUGAGAAGGAUCUCUCAUUCAUCUAUUGGCCAAAUCCAAGCAGGACUAUCUGGGAAAAGCUUAGAAUACCGUUUAACAGCAGCACCAGUGGGGCUCUUGAUACCUUGGGCCAUUUCCUUGCAAGUGAUAAUGCAACCUUCACGGCUGCGGAUUGGGGCCCUGGGAUCCUGAGGAGACUGACACUGGAUUCUGAUGGCAAUCUCCGGCUGUAUAGUUUGGAUAAGGUACAAAGAACAUGGUCAGUCACAUGGAUGGCAUUCCCUCAGCUCUGCAAAGUGCGUGGUCUGUGCGGUAGGAAUGGGAUUUGCGUCUAUACACCGGUGCCUGCUUGUGUAUGUGCCCCUGGAUACCAGGUUGUGGAUCCAAGUGAUCGGAGCAAAGGAUGUAACCCCAAGUUCAACAUCACUUGCGAUGCGCAGAAAGUGAGAUUUGUUGAGCUACCAAACACUGAUUUCCUUGGGUACGAUGUAGGUGCUCAUCGUUUUGUUUCUCUUCGCACUUGCAAGAACAUAUGCCUGAGUGACUGCAACUGCGUGGGAUUUGCAUACUGGCGAGGAUAUGGUGAUUGUUAUCCAAAGUCUUCUCUUCUCGGUGGUGUAACCCUGAUUAAUCUUGGUAGUACAGGUACCAUGUACAUCAAGAUUCCCAAGGGCAUACAAGUGUCAAUGUCCUCAAUUCCCCACUCGCAGCCUCUUGGUCCUAAAUAUAGAGCUAACUGUAGUGCAGCAAACAGAUAUUUCAUAGCACAUUUCACGGAUGAGCGUAAAACUGACCAGAAUGAGUCUAAGUAUGUUUACUUGUACGGAUUCUCAUCAGCGAUUUUUCUAGCAGAGUUAAUAUUUGUCGUAUUAGGAUGGUUUAUUUUGAGGAGGGAGGGUAGGCAAUUAAGAGGAGUAUGGCCAGCUGAGGUUGGGUAUGAAAUGAUAACCAACCAUUUUCGCAGAUACACCUACACGGAGCUGGUGACAGCUACAAGAAGGUUUCAGGAUGAACUUGGAAGGGGAACAUCAGGCAUUGUGUACAAAGGUGUCUUGAAAGAUAAAAGGGAAGUAGCUGUGAAAAAGUUGGCAGAUGUAAACCAAGGUGAAGAAGAAUUUCAGCAUGAACUGAAUGUGAUUGGCAGGAUCUACCAUAUGCAUCUAGUGAGGGUUUGGGGAUUCUGUUCUGAUGAUCCACAUAGGAUACUGGUUUCAGAAUUUGUGGAGAAUGGGUCAUUGGACAAAAUGUUGUUUGGUGGUGGGAGUUCACACGUCUUACUUGAAUGGAAGCAGAGGUUCAGCAUUGCUCUAGGGGUGGCAAAAGGAUUGGCUUAUCUUCAUCAUGAGUGCUCGGAGUGGGUCAUCCACUGCGACAUGAAGCCUGAAAAUAUAUUGCUGGAUGAGAACUUAGAGCCAAAGAUCGCUGACUUUGGCCUCGCAAAGCUCCUUAACAGAGGUGGAUCCAACAUGAGCGUAUCACGGAUCCGAGGAACAAGAGGUUAUUUAGCGCCUGAAUGGGUCUCCAGUCUCCCAAUAACAGCAAAGGUUGAUGUCUAUAGCUUUGGGGUAGUGCUUUUAGAACUACUAAAGGGAGCUCGUGUUUCAGACUUGGAUAAGAAUGAGGAUGAAGAGGUGGAAAUGGUCCUCAAACGGAUGGUCAGGAUGCUCAUGGAGAUGCUGGAGUUGGAUGUCAGCGAACAGUCUUUUCUCCCUGACUUCAUUGACACUAGAUUGAAUGGCCAUUUCAACAAUUUGCAAGCAAGAACUAUGAUGAAGCUGGCUAUUUCAUGCUUGCAGGAAGACAGAGGCAGGAGACCUACCAUGGAAAAUGUGGUGCAGAUGCUAGCUUCAGUUGAUGAAUAGCACUACCAUAAUAGAAGGGACUGCACAAAUCAGCUAUGUGAAGAAUUGGCCAAAAUAUAUUAGCAGUAACAUUUAUUAAAUAGCCUUGCCAUACUUUGUUGUAAUAACAUCAAUUAUUAGUAGUAAGGCCCUUUUGGAUACCAUGAAUUUUCCAUAU